AUGGCAACGAAAACAUCAUCGAGUGGAAAUGGUAAUGUUCAAGCGCUUCGAAGUAUGUGGAAUUCAAAGAUACAAGACGAGGAAAAGUCGAAGCAAGAAACAUCAAUUGUAUCGGGUUCAGAACAAGAAAAGCAACUACCGAAAAGUAGAACAUCUACUAUGAAAAUUACCAAAGACAGAUCUAUUGCUGCAAGAGUAAACGAUGAAUCGCCGAUCAAAUUUAACAAUGAUAAAACAGCUAUUUUGAAACGCUCCGAAGGAUUGCAGUCGAUCGAAGAGAAUAAAACUUUAUCGAUUCCUUUACCGAAACUUGAAAUCACUUUCAAAGGUGAAGGUCAACUCCUAGCAACUCUUGAACAGUCUACCGUUCGGAUGGAUAAAAUUAUAAAUAAAAACCCAAAUAUCUUUCGUAAAGAUGCAAACCAGAGUGGUGUUCGUAAUUGGCAAAAAGCUCGCCUUGUUAUUCGUAGCACUCGUGCGUUUAAUCAAACAAGACGAGCAUCAGAUACUCUUCCACCACUACUGAUGAAAACACAGUUGCAUAGACAACGAUCUCGUGCGGAUAGUACGGAUAGUAAAUUUAAUGAAGCAUCAUUUCAACAAUGUGUUAACUACUUCAGUAAGGAUAAAGAAAACAAGAGAGAUUCUUCGCCUAUACGACGAAAACUCAAACGUUCGGUAUCAGAUUCCAAGUCAUGUAUGCGUCGUAAUAAACUAGAUGAAUCCAUAUCUCAAUAUGAAAUGUUGCUUCGUCAUUUAAAAAAUGAUGAGCAAUUCAUAACAGAACAUCCUUCAUCAUCACCGCAAUCAUCAACAUUUUUGAAACAACGGCAGACAUCAUUUGGUCAUCCACAAAUCAGUACGAUAGUAGCAAAAGAAAAAGAACAAGAGCAGAUAUUUCCUAAAACGUCUAGUUCAAAACGGCAAACACAAUCAUCGUCAAGAAAUAUUGGACGAACGUUUUCGGAAUUUAUAGCCAAUGAUCUUUUCUUAUUGUCAACACCUAGUGGCCUACGAUCGUUAAGUAUUUCUCAUGCAUCCUCUCAAACAGAUAUGGCUGAAUCAAUUCAGCAUAUACACGAUCAAACAGCUAUUCCAUCGGAAAAAAAUUCUACUCCUGCAUCGAAUGAAAACACUGUCGUAGCAAAUGAAGAAGUCCAAAUUGUUUUAAAGGAAUUAGAUAAUAUACUCAAUAGCAAAGAUCAAGAAAGAUCACUCACAUCCAAUAGUCAAAUCAAUGUUAUUGUUGUCAAUUUACCAGCCGUUUCAAAAGAAGAAAAAAUUCCAUCAUCAGAGAAACCAUUAAUGCAACGUUUAUUCGAAGGAAAAAAGACAGCAUACAAUACAGACGAGCUUGAAAUGAAAUCAGUUCGACUACCUGAAGAUAUGAUACCAACAUAUGAGAUUGCGAGAGCAAAGGCUUUUUUCGAUUCAGAAACACUUCUGUAUACGACAAAAAUGAUUAAAAUUAGUCGCCGAGGUUAUAAACAACAUGCGCGAAUACUUUGUAUUACAAGUGAACGACUAUGUAAUAUAACGAAAAAAAAGCCAUAUCCUAAAGAAGCAGUAUUUUUAAAUCAAAUACUUGGUGUGACUUGUACACCUUAUAAAGAUGAUUUUGUGUGUAUACAUACAAAAGAAGUUCACGGUGAUCGAGGCGAUUGGCUCGCUAUUGUGGAUCAUCCAUGCGAAUUUAUUACACAAUUAUUUAUGGUUAUGGGGCGCGAUAAUAAUUCUGAUGGUUUUCUUAAAAUUAAAACACAGUAA